AUGGGUGCUAUUGUAUCAGUUUUCCACGCCAUUGGCGACUGCCUCAUGGCCAUUGUCAGCGGUAUCGCAUCCGUUCUUACAGCAAUCGUCGGCGGUGUCGUUACUGUUCUCGGCGCCAUCAUCUCCUUCCUGACCUGCGGCUGGUACUCGAGACGACGAACCCGACGAACACAUACCUCGGGCGGAAUGGGACGGCGUCACCGUUGGGGCCGACGACCAAUGCGAACCGUAUAA